CGAAGUCACAUUUCAUCAAGAUAUUAAUUAUUCAAACGACGUUUAUUAUCAACUAAAAUGCCAAAUGUUAAAAGAGUCAACAGAGGAAAGGAAAAAGCCCGAAAGCGAAUUAACAUUGAUUCACCAGAUAUCAAAAGAAAGCUUGCCCAUAUCGAACAACAACUACUUAGAGGACAUAAUGAAUACGAAGCAAGAGAACUGUUUCACGAGUACUAUACUAUCACCGGAAAAGAACACGAACUUAGACGAAGCCAUUCAAACUCUAAAAUGGAAAUAUUACAACAACCGCAUGAAACAGAGGAAAACGGAGAAAGCUCUAAGACAUUGCUUCCAGGAGAAUAUAACGCUAAUGACACCGGAACAAAACCUAGAGAACAUAUCAAUAUCGGAUGCGAACAAAAUUGUGAAGAUGGACCAACAUCUAUUCCUACAAAGUGUGAAAAUGAUGAUGAGGGCGAAACGACAACCAGUAUUGAAAGCGGAAAAAAUAUUAUUGAAAUAUCUUCGGAUGAAGAGUGGGUUGAAGAAGUCGAAGAAGAGGAACCGAACGCAUGCUGUGAUAACAUCACAAGGACAAACCGAUGCGCCGAAUUAAAACUGGACAACUCGGAACUAUUGUGUUUUAACAAAGAGUUAAAGAGAGGUUUUGACAUCUUUCAUGUCAUUAAUACAGGAAAACCAACCAGCAGUAUAUGGUACAACCAGAAAGAGGCCAAAUGCGACGCAUUGGACAUAUGUACUAAGACCCACACCAUUUGCCGAUAUUUCGACGGCAAGGAGAGCGAAUUCUCGGGACAACUGCAUACCCAUACCAUUCUUGCAAGCUACGUCCUCGAUAAAUCAGAAAGAAGUCCCGAGGGAGAGGCACUACGAAUUAGACGAGCAUACUUCCGUGAACGCCAAUACCUCUGCAGAGGAUGUGGGGAAAUUACUAGAAAACGAUACGGACACUUCUGCCACAUGUGCAACUGCAGGAUUUCGGUUAAGCACGUUACUUCCGCUUCUUACUUCAAGAAUGCUGUUGUCUACGUGCUUGACCGUGAUUAGUUACGUAAAAGCACACAUAACAUUUGACCUGGACAACAUACAGGAAGAAACAAUACUUACAAAAAGACAACCACAAAAACAACAACAGAAACAAAACUUUGCUAACUACUUAUUUGAUAAUAAAAUUAUGAAUUCACGACAUUACGAUGACGAACUAGCCAGGAGUGACACAUUAAGACAACUUGAAUUUACAAUACAAUUAAAGGACCUUGAAAUUAUCAAAAAGACAAUAUUUCGACAGGUAUACCUACAACAACGUAACAUAGACGUACUGACGCCUAGAAUAGUAGUAUCAAACAACAAAUCACGCUUGGGUGCUCUGAUGUUCUUUCUAUCAAACAUCGCCCUACAAAACCAAAUCUCGGUUAAUAGGUUAAAACAAUUACUUUGCAACUUUAUCUUCAAUCUCAACCACAAAAAACGAGGACUCAUUCUAUGCGGACCAUCAGAUUCAGGUAAAACAUUUCUUGCUAACUUACUAUAUUCGAACUUUAAGCCACAUGAAAUUGGGUACUUCAACUGUCCCACUGGACCUAAUCCAUCUGCUUUUCUACUCCAGGCAUUAAGUAAUUGUUUAGCUUAUCGAUGCGACGAAAUGGUUUUCGAACAUCUAGGCGUGAUUCAGUUGAUGAAACAACUAUUAGAGGGAUCAAAUACGCUUACUACAGACGUCAAAUACAAAGAUGCGAUGCCAAUCGAUCCACACCCGACUCUUAUCACCAUGAAUUCUACAUCAAAGGCCGACAUAUUAAAAUGGCAUCCUUCGGAGUAUCAGGCGUUUGAAAAUAGGUGUACGAUCCUUUUCCUAGGAACGCCAUUACUUAACAUAUUCAACGAUAAGGAAUUACAGGAAAUAAAUACCUGUGGCUCCGAAUUGCUGUAUAUGUUAAGUAUGCACAAAUUGGACAGAGACACAAAUACUGCAGGGGUAUUGGAUAAAUUUCAGGACUUUAUUUUUUUAUAAUAAUAACAAUAAUUUUGUAUAUAAUUUUAUUAAAAUAUAUAAUUUACAAUAA